AUGAUAUCAAUAGACGAGUUUGAUCAUCAGUGCCAGAGUGUUCUGUUGCCAUUGCUAUCUCAAUGGUCUCUCUGCGAACAUUUCCACUGGAAUGAUACCUUGCACUAUAUAGAGUUGAUCGCGAAGCGUGGAGAUCGUAUUCCUUCGACGAAGCUUACUAUACGCAUAACCUACAAUAGAAUCUAUAAAGAGCCACAGUUUCAAUUCCAAUGCUGGGAACUAGAUGUAAGUACUACGGAUGUUGAAUACUGGCAUGUAACAUAUCCUAGUCUGUCGAGUCUUCCAAUUAAUAACGACAAUAACCAAUUUUCCAUCACAUUGGAGUCAAUAUCGGAACACGAAACUUGGUAUUCAGUCAACGUUUGCGACACUGAAGCUAAUAUUGGUUCUUACAAUGCUAAUUAUCUAUCAAGAUGGUUCUCUUACUACGGUACACUCUUUGAUGAUCAAAUUGGCUGCGUAUUUACGAAUAAUUCUAAUUUCUCUUCACCUUAA